CUCCACUCACCACCAUGAUAUGAUAUCAUCUCCCUGAACCUACUUUCCUUUCCUUUCCCCUGGCCACUUUCUUCCUGUCCUUCUUUCUUGGGAGAGUUAGUUAUAGUUAGCACUUAGCAAAGUCAGCUGCUUUCGUCAAAACUACUGAUGCAGCCGGAGGCGCUGUCCGAAAUCGCGGCGCUGGCUGCCGGCGAACUACUAGGCGGGGAGGAAGUGAACGAGCACGGCCUGCCUCCCGGGUUCCGGUUCCACCCGACCGACGAGGAGCUCAUCACCUUCUACCUCGCUUCCAAGGUCUUCCACGGCUCCUUCUGCGGCGUCCAAAUCGCAGAGAUCGACCUCAACCGCUGCGAACCCUGGGACCUCCCCGCAGACGUGGCGAAGAUGGGGGAGAAAGAGUGGUACUUCUUCAGCUUGAGGGACAGGAAGUACCCGACGGGGCUGCGGACAAACCGGGCCACCGGCGCCGGAUACUGGAAGGCCACCGGCAAGGACAGGGAAGUCUACAGCACCGGCCGCCCGGAUAGCAAUAGCAUGCUGCUGGGGAUGAAGAAGACGCUGGUGUUCUACAAGGGAAGGGCGCCCAAGGGCGAGAAGACCAAAUGGGUCAUGCACGAGUACCGCCUCGAAGGCCAUUUCUCCUACCGCCACCAUUCCACCUCCAAGGAGGAAUGGGUGAUAUGCAGGAUAUUUCACAAGACGGUGGAGAAGAAGAGUGGAAUCUUCCUCCACGGCCUCCAGGAACUAGCAGCAGCCUCUGCUUCUCUGUCUUCACCAUCAGGGAACAGCUACAACAACAACAACAACAACCCGGCUGGUGCAUUGCCUGCCUUGUCGGAAGCCGCCGCCGCGGCGCCACCGUCCUCCCCGUCGUCGUGGGAAUUAUCUCAGCCUCAUCAAUCAAGCAGCUGCUGCUUCAAGGCUCUUCAUCACUUCCCCAAUCCACCUGCUGCUGAUUUCCUCGCCGCCGCCGAUCAUGGCGACCUCAAAACCAUACUAACCAAUGCAAUCAACGUCACUGAUAAUAAUAAUAGUAGCAACCAUGGUUUUGAUGAUGAUUACAACACUGGUUUCCUCAGACAAUGCAAGACGGAGCUGGGUGCCGCCGGCGUUGAUGAUCAACCCUGGCCGUCGUCGUUGUCAUCAUCUCACGACAAUUUUCACCUCCCUCCACCUGCUGCUGCUGCCACCGCCUUUCUCGACUGGGGAUGCACUCAGGAUCAUCAGCGGGCAGCAGCACCGAUGAAUAAUGAUUAUACAAUGCAGCAAAAUCCCUUCCCCUGCUUGUAUACUCAGGACGAUGACUCCGCCACCAACGUUGACUACUCAUCACCAUCAGCAACUGCAGCUGCUCUUUCGUAUCUCGGUUUUCAGUCUCUUACAGUUCCGUCUAUCCCUUUCAACAAGCCAUCCGGUGCCGGUGGGGGCUUCCACGCGAUGAUGUUAGAUGCAGCAACUGCUCCAACGGUCGCCCGAUCAUCAUGUCUCGGAGAUUCUUGGUCGUCGCUAAUGGCCGGCGGACACAGCAGCUGGCCAACUACCUAG